GAUGAAGCCUCUCAUAACUGCAAACACUAAAUUUGCUUUGGACCUUUUCAAGCAUGUGACUGGAGACAGCAACGAUGACAAUAUCUUUUUUUCACCUCUGAGCUUGUCAGUUGCAUUAGCUAUGGUUUACUUUGGUGCUAGAGGCAAUACAGCAGAACAGUUAGCCAAGAUUCUCCAUUAUGCCAAAACAUCAGAUGUCCAUAGACAGUUCAAGGCACUGAAUGCUGUGAUCAACAACCCAAGCAGUUUGUAUGAGAUAAAAAUUGCUAACCGUCUCUUUGGAGAGAAGACAUUUGAUUUUGUACAGAAAUUUCUGGACAACACCAAGAAAUUCUAUCAAGCAGAAUUGUCACGAGUGGAUUUUCUGCACCAGAGCGAAACAGCUAGAAGAGACAUCAAUGCCUGGGUGGAGAGCCAAACAGAAGGAAAGAUAAAAGACCUGCUACCUGAAGGUAGUGUUGAAAGUGAUACCGUGCUUAUUCUGGCUAAUGCCAUAUACUUCAAAGGAACCUGGAAAAAAACAUUUGAACCAUGGAAUACUGAAGAGCAUCCAUUUAGGAUCAGUAAGAAUGACACAGUAAAGGUGCAGAUGAUGAAACUAGAAGAAGAUUUCAGGUACAACUACAUCAGUGAACUUCACCUUAGCAUCCUUGAACUUCCAUACCUGAAGGAUGAGACAAGCAUGCUAAUCCUGUUACCUGAUGACUUCACUGAUGAGUCUACUGGGUUAGAUCAACUGCAGAAAGAGCUAUCUUUUGAAAAAUUAUCACAGUGGACAGAUCCAAUCAACAUGCAGGAAACGUGUGUAUAUGUUUAUCUGCCAAAGUUUAACCUUGAGAAGAGCUAUGACAUGAAAUGCCUUCUGACUAAAAUGGGAAUAACUGACAUUUUCUGCAGAACCUCUGCUGACCUUUCAGGAAUGACCACAAAGGAUAAUCUCUUUGUUUCCAAGGUUGCUCACAAGUCAUUUGUGGAUGUUAAUGAACAAGGUACUUUGGCCGCAGCUGCAACAGGAAUCGUAUGCACAGCAGACUGUUUAAGACUUCCAGGUGCUCGCAAAGUAUUCAAAGCUGAUCAUCCGUUUCUGUUCUUUAUUAGGCAUAAUGAGAGUGGCAGCAUUUUGUUCUUUGGUAGAUUCUGCCAGCCUUGAGACUGCUUGACAUUCAUGAAUAUUAAUUAUUCACUGUUAAUGCUUGCUAAAAAGUGUAUAUUCAAAGAGUACAAACUAAAUAAGAAGCUUUCUAGCAGUUACAUAGAAGAUAUAAAAGUAAUGAUAAGUAAAAACUGCAUUUUCAAUUUAUAAGUUGUCCAUAUACCUUUGAUACAUUUUAUGAGCACAGCAUAACACAAACAGUUGAAAUGCUGAGACAGUAUUAAAAAGUACUGACAACAGAGGUUGAGCACCA